GCUUGCCACUCACCACAGCUCCAGCAAUCGCUGUAAGUGCGGCAUGACCCUCAAAUAAGAUAAAGGGCUUGUCUGCUUUCUACAGGAGUGUGAUUUCUAAAGCGUGCUAAUGUGUUGUGCUGGAACUGAUCUGUGUAGAUCCUGCUGGUGUGUGCUAAAUGUUCCAUAGUGCGCUUUAAAUGGAGAGCUGUAACAGCACUAUACUAAAUAAAAAUCACACCUCUAGUGCAUGUUACUCAACUAUAUAGACAAGACCUAAUUCGGCUCAGCCCCUUCCACUUGCAAAGCAAAGAUGCCCUUUUGGUUCACAUGGUGGAAUCUGUUUGCAUGUCAGGUACUGUGAUGUGCACGCAACCUCACCAAGAGAUCUGGCGCUGUGCUGGUCACAUUGGAUAGAGGCCAGUGUGGGUACAAUCGCUUUGCAAGAGCAACCAUGUGUUUCACAGAGUGAGCCUGACGUUGCUGUCCUGAGCUGGUUUAUUUGCGCAUUAAUAUAGACAGACUGUAACUGAACGGGCUCCCCGUUCUCUUUUGUCUAUCUGUAUCUGUGGAAAUCUACUGUUUGCUGAAUAUCCGGAGAUGCAACAGCUGGACACUUUUUAGCAUUAACAAGAGUCAAGUGAACAUGGAGAUAAAUACAUGACAUACAAGUGAUAUAAAGAAUUUAGAGAUACAGGCAUCCAGCCCAUUUCAUACUGUAGAUAAAAUACCAUGCAUACCAAUGGACCUGCAUAAAUAAUGAUUAAUAAUGAUGUAUCCAUGGCUCUUAUGCUCCUGAACGUUGGAAUGGAAAGGGUUUUUUUUCUGUCAUAAAUCAUGCAGACAUCGCCUGAUAUUGUAACCUCAAAGAGCUCCUCUAAAUAGUAACAUAAAUCUGAUGCAUGCUCUUGAGACUGCAAUGGAAGAGCUCUUUUUCACUUCAGAACAUAAAUCCCACAAGUUUUUACAGAUACUAUAAUAAACUGUUAAUCACCAGCUUCAUCCUUCUGUACAUCCUUAGCUUUCUCCACAUGUGCAGGAGCUUCUGCCAGCUGCGCACAGCUCUUGCCUCCCUGACUUUAUAUAAAGAAAGGAUAAGAAAGAUGGAAUUGUUAAAGAUUUGCCAACACUCAACUUUCCAUGGUUUGUGUAUAUGAAGUGCGGGAGCCACCCAGACCAUUUAUUUUCACACAUCUUUAAACCACCCUGGCAUCGUUGCGGUGGUGGAAGUGGUGGCUGCGGCCAAGAAGCGAGAAGGGACCCACCAGGAUCUGUCUUGUGGGUUUGGAAUUUUGCACCUGUUCAACAGCAAGUCAGAACCAACAGAUGUGGCCACAAAGGACAGAGAGCUCAAGCUGUAUCAUGGGACACCGCGAGCGCUCCUGCACCCCCUCCUCCAGGACCCAAUAGAACAGAAUAAACACAUGACGGUGAUAGAGAACACUCACCUUCAGUACACCUUAAGGCCACACCCGCCCCUUGAGACCAUGUAUCACCUCUUCCCUGAGAAUAUGCUGGUGUCUGGGCUGCAGAAAAUUCCUGGCUUGCUGCUAACACAUGGAGAAACAAAUGAUUUCUUUCGAAAACCCCACCUCAUGAAAUCAGUCACAUGGUACUUGGAUAAGCUGUCCAUUCAUUUGUACCCUUCAUUAGAAAAAUUUGAGGAAGAGCUGCUGGAUUUACUCAACAGUGAGCGUUUACUUAAGGAUAGCUCCACAGUGGACGGGAGCGAAGUUCUCAUUCAGGAACGGCGGCUGCACAUCGGGGUCCACAAUGGCUUAUGCUUCGUUCAGACGCCUCAGGUGGUGGUGGUGGUGCCAGAGGCCGAGGUGGCUCGGGGGCGCUCAGCCAGCUUCCACCGGAAACAAGACCUCAGUGCCAAACCCAGCAUGGUAGGUCAAGCUCUGGUUUUGAGAAGCCGCAUUCGUUUGACCGAGAUGAUCCAUCACCCAGCAUUCGCAAUCAUCUUCCAGCUAGAGUAUGUCUUCUGUGCAUCAAGCGGAGCCGACAGGAAGGCAUUGUCCAUUUCCUCUUCGACGAAAGCAGCCUAUAUGCAUUCCAUCCGAUGGACUGUUUGGAAUCCUUUGGUGGACUCGAGUUCCACGGACGUGAUCUUACCACUGCAAGGAAGUGCCCAGCAUAACCCCAGCCAUGUGUUAGUUUACAAGAUGCCCCCCACCAGCAUGAGCUCUGAAGAGGUGAAGCAGGUUGAGUCUGGCACAGUCCAGUUCCAGUUUUCCACUGAUUCAGAGGAACAUCUUGGGACUUCUACAAAUUCCUUAAGUAACACCAGAGAAGAGCCGCUACGCUCAGCGAAGCCGUCCACACCAUUUCUGAGGGCACCAUCUUCACCCCAGAUGUUGGUUUCCACUCAAGACUAUCCCCAAGGACCUGGGUUGUCGAUAUCCCAGUUGUCUGCAUCACCCCAUUCUGCUCCUGUAAGCCACUCAUCCAAACCCCUGUUGCAACGGCAAACUGGCUCUCCAGUCCUCCUCUCCCCUGGGAUGCGCCAACGUGAACGUGCACAGGAGCUCCCAUAUGGAGGCAGCGGCGGUGGCAUAACGCACCUGGAGGCUGACCUCAGCCCCAGCUACUUGAUCCUGGAUUCCUCUGCAAGUGACCAGCUGCAGGAGCUGCCAUUCACUCCCAUGCACGUGCCGAUUGUUGCCAUGGGAACACAGACGGGAAGCUCUAGCACUGUUCUCACUCGGGCCUCUCUAUCUCGCUUGCAUGCUGCUGGCUUUCCGGAAAUCCUGGAUUGUAACAAGGAGCCAGCAGAAGUUGUGGACCCCGCAGACCCUGUGGACUUCAACCCUCAAAGGGAAGAAGCUGACUUCUUGCAAAGCAAUGAAAUCAUUUUGCAGUUCCUUGCCUUCACCGGGAUCCCACAGGAUGGCAUGGGGACAACAUGGCCAAAGACGAUGUAUUUCACCUUCCAGUUUUACCGUUUCCCACCGGUCACAACACCACGAUUGCAGCUAGUGAAUAUGGACCAGUCUGGGACAGCCAGUUCAGCUGCAUCUUCCCAUACCUUAUUCCAGAUCAACAAAGACGGAACCCUCAAGAGCGGAUCUCCAGGGUUGCAGAUAAAGUACAUGGUGGAUCCUGGUUUUCUGAAGCCAGGAGAACAAUGCUGGUUUAUACGUUAUAUAGCUGACCAUAACCUACAGAUUGAUAUUUGGGAUGGAGAUUCUUUGCUCCUCAUUGGAUCUGCUGCAGUUAAGCUGAAGCACUUGCUUCGCCAGGGUCGGACAGCAGUUCAGGUCCAUCAUGAGCUGGAGGUGAUGACAACCGAAUACGAGCAGGACACAACAGUAAUGAGUGGGGACGUUCUCAGACAUGGCACUGUGAAGCCCAUAGGAGUCUACGUUGUUGUGAAAGGCCGACUUCACCUGAGUUUGGCCAACGUUGGUCACCUGUGUGAGCAGAGGCUGAAGAAAUCAAACUCCUUGCCACCCCCGCGCUCUCGCAUUGUCUCCUCGCAUGAUGGGACCAGCAGCUUCCAUGGAGGCAGCUUGUUCUCUCUCAAUACUCCUGGGGCUAAGAACGUGUCCCAAGCCCAGAAGCUGGCGGACGUGGACAGCGAGCUGGCUGCCAUGCUGUUCAGCCGCCUGCAGGAAGUAAGCACGGCUUUCCAGCACACCAGCCGCGAGGCCAGCGCCAGCCGCAGGCGGAAGCUGGAGAGGAUGAUGAUGGUGCGACAGCUCGAAGCCCAGGAGGAUGUCAGCGGGAGGAGAGCAAGCCUCAUGGGCCGGCGUGAGGAGCGCAUCCAGCACUCCAGGGACCUGCAGAUUAUUGAUGCCUACCGGGAGCGCAUCAAGGCCGAGAGCAUCUCCAGCAUGCUGAGACAGGCCAUCACCACCAACUACACGCUCUAUGCCACGCUGGGCACCGCAGAGUUCUUUGAGUUUGCCCUGAGAAACCCAUACAACGUCCAGCACACAGUAACUAUUGAGAUUGACCACCCUGAGCUAAGUGUUAUUGUGGACAGUAGGGAGUGGAGACACUUCAAAGAGCUGACCCAAACAAUGACUACUCCAGUAGAAGAGGACAUGUUCCAUCUUCAGGACAACCUCAUGCCUCAGGUCUACCUGCGCCCCAAAGAGACCAUUCACAUUCCAUUUAAAUACCAGACCUUCUCUAUAGACCACGCUGUCAUGAUGCAGCAGGGCCCCAUUGAGCUGAGAUUCAAUAAAGGCACAGAAGCUGCACCACCCUGGAAGUCCAGUGCCAUGCUGACAAAACGCAUCAAGAUCUCCUUUAAGGCAAAUGGUGACAAACCCAUUGCAAUUCUCAGUGUUAAUGUGGAGCCUCAGCCCCACGUGGUGGAUCAGACGUUCCGAUUCUAUCAUCCGGAGCUCACCUUCCUGAAGAAGUCCAUACGGUUACCUCCAUGGUACACCUUGCCAGGUGCCCCAGCAGGAAUGCCAGGUGGGGAACCGGAGAUGUACGUCCGCUGCAGUGACCCCAACAUCAUUUGUGAAACAAAGAAAAUGGGUCCUGGGGAACCACAGGAUGUGUUCUUAAAAGUAGCUGGAGGACCAAGCCCACAGAUCAAAAAAUUCUUUGUUGCUAUUUACACAGAUGCCUGGCUUGCUGCACCCAUUCAGAUCUGGCAAUUUUACCUUCACUCGCUGCAACGUGUGGACGUUAGCUGCAUAACUGGCCAGUUGACCCGCCUUUCCUUGGUUCUCAGGGGCACCCAAACGAUCAGGAAAGUGAGAGCUUAUACCUCGCAUACACAGGAGCUGAAGGUGGAUCCCAAAGGUGUGUUUAUUCUCCCUCCGAACGGGGUUCAGGACCUGCAUAUCGGUGUGAGGCCUCAGAAAGCAGGCAGCAGAUUUGUUUACCUCAAUCUGGUGGAUGUGGAGUACCACCAGCUUGUUUCGUCCUGGCUGGUGUGUGUCUCCUGCCGACAGCCUGUCAUUUCUAAGGCAUUUGAAAUAACGCUCCCUUCCGGCGGAGGGAAAGGCUCCAACAAGCGGAUCACAUACACGAACCCGUAUCCCUCCAGGAGGAUGUACUUCCUGCAUACCAACCGAGCUGACCUGCUGCAGUUCAAGGAGGAUUCCUUUGAGAUUGGAGGAGGGGAGACGUACACUAUUGGCUUGCGGUUUGCACCAAGCCAGAGCACCGGGGAGGAGGAGAUUCUGAUUUAUAUCAAUGACCAUGAAGACAAGAAUGAAGAAACUUUCUGUGUGAAGGUUGCCUAUCAAUAAAGAGGAGGAUUUGCCCGAGGGUCAGUAGAAUGACACGUUCCUGGAGCAUCUGUCGAAGCUUUCAUCUUACUCCACCUACCAAGCGACAUAGUCCUGUUGUCAUUAUCAGCUUUAGAGACUUUUCCCUCCAUAGAUUUUCUGGUUCUGAAUUUCCUUGACCAUGUUUGUUUGCAGACAGAAAACCGAGUGAGCUGCUCUGUGAACCUAGCCCACAUGCUGGCAGGAUGUGUUUCCUUCCUGUUUGCAGUUUGUCUCUAUCUAAUCAAGCCAUGGCCAAGUCAAUAUGAUUUAUUGUCUGACUGAAUUCUUGGCACAUCAACAUGACCUCUAAUGAUGUAACAUAGCCAUAUUUGUUCUACUUGAAACCCUAUGUAUUUAUACCAUAUGCCACAUCCAGAUGAUUGUCAGUAUUUCUGUUAUCCUUUGCUGAGCUGUGGGCUUGUUUGGAUUUUUAUUUUUUAAAUUCUUUUUUAACAGAUUUUAAAAAGCUGCAUUUCCAGAA